GUGAAGCACAUGCCCCUCAGCUGAGGCCUCAUUCCACUGGCACCAACACCUCCUAGAGAAAGGGGCUCCCUAAAGCCACCAUCAGAAGACAAACAUUUUGCACGUCUCUUCGAAUAAAUCAAACGUUCGCACGUGGAUUGUUAACACUUUGACCUUGAGAUGCAGAAUAAACCCAGUUCUACUAAAGUCCUCUCUGAGACCAGCAAACAAGAAAAGAAUAUGGAAUCCAGCAAAAAUGAAGAGAGAAAUAAAGAAAGUCUUUCUGAUUAUUUUCCCAGAGUCACAGAACCAACAACCAGAGCUGAGCUGAUGAAGUACUGGAUUAGUUUGUCAUUGGAUAAAAAGACUGCAAAUAAGAUGUUGUGGAUUUCUGAUGGUGGGUCUACGGUCUGUCGUAGAACCAAGGAGGUUUGUCCUGUACUAGAUGGACCAGAAAGAUAUGAAUAUUCCCCACAGGUGCUUUGCAAAGAGAGCAUCUGGAACAGCAGGGCUUACUGGGAGGUCGAGUACUCGGGUUGGGUGGUAAUUGGAGCCACCUAUGAAGAAGCAGCAAGGCGAGCUGAUUCUACUCCAACUGGUCUGGGGGAAAAUGAGGAGUCUUGGGGCCUGUGUUGGUCUGGAACACGUUAUGAGGUCUGGUACAGCGGUGGCCACAAAGACAUCAACGAUGUCCCGUUUUGCUCAACAAUAGGCGUCUACAUCGACCAGCCUGCAGGGAUCAUCAACUUUUACACAGUAACUGGUGCAGGGGAAGAGAGGGAGGCUGAGAUCCUGCAUAAAGUUCAAACUAGAAUUGAAAAAAAGAUUCUUCCAGGUUUCUGGUUGGGAGUUCAGUCCUCCUGUUCCUUAGUGACAAGAGCAGAAUAAACAACUAGUUUAAAAUCGUUUUAUUUAAUAAUCAUUUUCAUAUCUUACAUGUUUUAUGUCAGCAAUUGUUUUCAUUUAGGCCUUUUAGCAUGGAUAAGAUUGCACACAUAUUGCUCAAGGAAUUGAUUCACAUCCCUCUGGGGCUACUUUCUGACUCGAGAUGUUUCACCGUAAAAAAAAGUGUGUGUGUAUAAAAUUUCUGAGAAACUGUGCCAGGGCUUACCUCUUUCACACUUAAUGUGAGGCACAAGCUUUACAGAGAAUAAGGAAGGGUUGGUACAAUAAACACCGAAUAUUCACACUCCUGCAGGCAGAGUACAUCACGAGGCCUCAUUCAAUAAGUAGAGCCCUGGUCAUCAACCACACAGGUCACACUGGUAUUUCAAACACUUUACCAGCUGUCAGCUUUCCCACAGUACAUAAAGAACAUGAAUGUCACGUUGGACUGAGGCAGCAAUAAAAAAAUGUUUUACUCUGUCUAAGAAACCAACACUCUUCCAAGAAUGGGUCAAUAUGUAAUUGUUUGUAAUAAAUCAAUACUAAUUUGUUAAUAAAUAAUGCUUUUUUUCUUUUA